UUACCAUGGAGACGGAAGUUUGGCCGUUUCAGGUUUCACUUGUUUCGCAAAGGAUCAAAUCCGCAGCAAAGAUUCAGGAUUUGGGUUUCAGCUGUUUGAUUUCCUUCUGUCCAUCGAUGAUAUUACGCGUUACUUUACAAACCUCUAAAUCCCAUUAAUUUUUCAGUUGUGGUUUGCGCAGGCGUGCUUUCGUCAACAGUUGAUCAUGCAUCACAGGGAAAUUAACAGGUUACAAUGCAUUGGGAAGUCGCCAAGAAAUCCCCUCAAGGUUUCAGGUCAGCUUGAGAUUCUUGGUCCAGAAGGUGGAAUCAUUGUGGAACAGUUUGGAAACAAGUCACGAAUGAACCUCACUGACCAAGUCACAUGUCUGGCUAAGGAGCAAGCAAAUGGAAAGCUACAAGUGCUUAAAGAUGGAGAAGUGGUUCCAGUUGUGCCUAUUGAAACGAUAUCACGGCCUGGUAGUUUUGGAAUUAGACAAAGUUCAGCCGGAAGGAGAAGUACCACUCCAACCAAACAAAUCAUUCUGAGCGCACCAAAAAUCUGUCCAAAGAGGAAUGGGGAAUACACAGGUCUUUCAGCUGCUGACAGUCAGCCUUUAAUGGUGGAUGUUAAUAUUAAACCAAAACACUGCCCUCCUGAUAUUACAGUAGUUCUUGAUUCUGAAAAACAAAGAACAGCCAGUGAGAAAAUAUCAUUUCAUCCUCUGGAGAUGUGUUUAGGAACCAAAAACCAGCACUUUGAACUGGAGGCUCACGUAGUUUUUGAUUCUGAAAAACAAAGAACAGCCAAUGAGAAAAUAUCAUUUCAUCCUCUGGAGAUGUGUUCAGGAACCAAAAACCAGCACUUUGAACUGGAUGCUCACGCAGAGAAGAAUGAUACAGGUUCUGUGAAGGCCUCUGUUUAUGGGUGUGGUGUUCUCCAGAAUUCCCACGAAUGUCUGGAUUCUAAGGCUGAAGAGGGUGGGGAACACAGUGAUUAUGAUGAAGACAGUGAAGAUGAAGGAAAUAAGGCACCAAUUGAACUGCUUGGGGAGUUCCUACAGUCAGUGAUGGAUAAAAAUUACACCCUGGCAAGCAAGCUCUGUCAGAUGAUUCUUAUUUAUGAGCCUGACAACCCAGAGGCCAGACAAUUCAUUCCCCUUAUUGAAGAGAAGUUACUGAUAGAGCAAGCAGAAGAGCAGAGUGACGAGGAAGAAGGCACUGACGAUAGUGAUGAAGACAGUACGGAUGAGAGCAGCGAUCUCAGUGAGAGCGAGGACCAUUCCUCUGGAGAAUCUGACAGCUCCUCUUCCUCAGAAGAAGAUGAAGGAUUCAACAAAGAAAGCUUAUAAGCAAAUUUGUUUUUACAGAAGGGUAGUAAAACACUUUUUGUUGGCUAUCCAAAAUGUGUAUGCUAUCAUCUUGAUUAUGUGUAUUCUUACAAUACACACUAAAGCUGUUUAAUUGUCUUUUUCCGAAUACUUUGAUUUCAAUGGACUGUUGUUAAGUACAUAUGUAACUGAAACCAUUUCUAAUCAUGUCAUUACAUAUUUUUGAAUAUAUGCAUGAUAGUUGUGAGCAUGAGGAAAUAUUUUUUAUUUUAUAAGGAAUGAGGUCUAUGUAAAAAAGCUCUCUUAUGUCUUAAAUAUAAUUCAAUAUUUGUGCGGUGGCUCUGUGGCUAAGGAUCUGUGCCUGUGGCUGGAAGGAUGCUGGUUCGU